AUGAAGGCAAGCAUAAUCCACAGGGACGUAAAGCCAAGCAAUAUAUUGAUUGGAGAUGGAAUGGAGCCGAAGGUUUGUGAUUUUGGGCUGGUGAGAUCGGGCCCUGUUGGUGAUCGGUCGCACGUUAGCAGCCAGAUCAAAGGCACGCCAGGCUACUUAGACCCUGCUUAUUGCUCAACCUUUCACUUGACUCCUUUCAGCGAUGUAUAUAGCUUUGGCAUUAUUCUUCUUCAACUUGUUUCUGCUCGUCCAGUUCUUGCUUCCAACCGACCCAUCCCUGAUUCUCACAUUGUUCAAUGGGCAGGACCAAGCUUAGAAAAAGGUAGAGUUGAAGAGAUUUUGGAUGCAGAUCUUCUUACAGAGCCAUGCAACUUCGAAGUAAUGUUAAAGAUGGGGCAACUUGGGCUGAAAUGCACUUCACAACAACCCAAGUACCGUCCAACCAUGGCACAGGUUUGGCAAGAGCUAGAGGAAGCUCUUCAUGGAGCUGACAACUUUUGGAAGAGGAAACAACUAAUGCAGAACUCCAUGGAGAUUGAAUAUUCUGAAAGCCUUGCCAGCACUGAAGGUAUCAGAUUUGGGAAGUUUCGUGUUGGGAUGGAUUCUUUUGCAUUUGAGAGUGCAAGCUUAAAGUGCCUUGAGAUUAAUAGUGUUUCCAUAGACAUCGAUCACAGUACUGAAAAACAGCUCUCUGCAGCUGCAAAUGAUGAACAAAAUAAGGAUUGA